ACUUCAAGAACAUGCACUUGAUCCCAACCUGCCCCCCAUUCUCAUCUUCCCAGAGGGUGUGUGUGUUAACAACACCUCAGUUAUGCAGUUUAAGAAAGGAGCCUUUGAGGCCAACUCAGUGGUCUAUCCCAUUGCCAUUCGCUUUGAUGCUCGCUUUGGCGACCCAUUCUGGUGGCAGGACAAAUUCUUUCACUUCAUCCUCUACAUGUUGACAUCUUGGGCAAUUGUGUGCAACGUUUGGUAUCUUCCCCCAAUGGAGAAGAAACCAGACGAGUCUGCUAGUGCAUUUGCAGACAGGGUAAAAGCCAAAAUUGCCCAUCAAGGUGGAAUGAUAGACCUUACUUGGGAUGGCUUCUUGAAGUCAAAUCCAGUGAAGGAGGAAUGGAAGAAGAGACAGCAAGAGGAAUUUGCAAAGCACCUCAAGUAUAUCAGCGAAUGUGAUAAAGAGAAGGAAGAAUAGUAAAGUACUUUGUGUAGCCAUUGACUACAGGAUCCUGCCUUCUUUGAAAUUAGAUUCUCAGGAUUUUUUUGUGAGUCCAGUUACAGAAACACAUGACUCCUUUAAGAUGUGUGAUGACAAGAGACUUAACAAAAGUGCUUUUGCAUUAAAAGAGGACAGCUGCAUAUGGGCUUCCAGAUAUAGAACAGUUCUGAUGUUCCUAUGGAAAGCCAUUCUUAUUUUCAAUUCUGGACACCAUUAGUGCCUCACAGCAUGUAAUCUUAUGGGAUACAUCUAUGAACUGAUAUGACAAAUUUAGCUAUUAAUUCAAUAUGUUAAUUCCUUUUUUCAAUUGGAAUGGUUUCUUCUCAGAUUUUUUGUCAAUAUUAUUGUUCUUCUGUUGAUCUGUUAAUUGUAAUAAAAGAUCUGGAAAACGUAAGACUGUGAUCAAGUGGAUUAACAUAUACAGGCUGUGUUUAGUUAGGAUUAAAGGUCAGUGUAUUAUUAAUAGUAGAUUGACAUAUUCAGUGUAAGUCUAAAUCUAGGCUCCUGUAGCUCACAAUGUUCCUUUUUGUAGUUUCUCAAGACGGAAUUUUCCUUUAAGUUCAACCCUGUCAGCAGUUACUAGGGGCAUAAAUUCUUUUGGUUAGGCUUAGCCCAGUAACUGCAACAAAUAGCAUAUUUUGUAGUCUGCAGAGACUGUUGCAUAAAGUAUUUGUUGAUGGAAACAAGUAGUUGGUACUAUUUUUAAUGCUGUAUGAGUUCUUUUUAAAAUUCAGUAAUUGCAGUUUAGGUACUUGCUAGCCAGAUACUAUAAAAUCCAAAAUGGUCUGGUAGUGGCAGUCCAUUUUGGCUGGCAGGUAAGAGGUUAGCUAUGCACCACACGGAAGGCCAGAUCUCAUAAUUGCAUAGUUCUCAGGCUAAGGAAAUGUGGAUGAGAGUUCUAGAGAGAGAAGAGACAAGAUUGGCUUAAUUUGCUAAUAAGUUUCAAUACUACAUUGGUCUGGAUAUGCAUUAAUAUACAAUAAUAGGCUAGGGUACUAUUUUUUUUCUUUGCUUAUUUGUACAAGUUAGUAAUAGUUUUACAGACUGCAGUUUGAGAAUGAUUUUACUGUGACAUCGAGAAUCUCUACAGAAAAUUUUUAGUUAGAUUUUUCUUCUAAUCCCAUGCUCUCAUGUAGAUUUGUUAGGCAGUUAUGCAUGGAUAGGAAAAGAAAGGCAUAGGACUGUAUAAAGUAUAUUUUAUUUCUAUAUCCACAAGCUCCAUCAAAAUUAAUGUGUAUGUCAGAGAAACUGAGGUUUGCACAAAUUCCAUUUAUCAAAAUCACCAAUGAUACCACUCAACCUUGGCCUCCUAAAUAUUAGUGCCACAAAUGAAUCUAUAAAUCAUAGGAUGAGGACAUGGAAAUCCUCUCUCUCAUGCCAAAACUUCUCUAUGAGAUUUUAAUAUAUUCCGCUAGUUUAUACUUUUUGUUGAAUGCAUUCUUUGUACUUUUGUUGUAGAUUUCUUGUCUGUUGCAAUCAAUGCCUUUUCUUAUUUGGCUAAUGAGUAUUACCCAUUGUUCACUGCUACGGCUAUGUAGGAUGCCAUGGUAUUUGUCUUUAGUUCACUGAUUACUUCUUUUUAUGAUUGUAAUUGCAAAGUAUCAUAUAUUCUCAAUCUGAAGUUGUAAAAGCUAGUAUCAGUAGAAAACUAAAUAUUUGUUCUCUGCUGAUACUAGCAUUUGACAUUUUUCAUGGUACUAUGUUCAUAAUUUACUUUUCUUGCUUAUGUACUUUAAAUGUUUUUGUAAGAAAACAGGCCACACACACACUCUCUCUCUCUCUCUCUCUCUCUCUCUCUCUCUCUCUCUC